AAACAGAUUAAAUUAGUUAGGGGGGAAACAAAGAGCCGGAGCAGCGCAUAAAGGCGGAUGCUGGAGAAGAGUGAACACAGCAAACUUCAGCCAGAGUUUCAGUGAGGGAACUUUCGACACAGAAAACAAAAUGCGGGGCCUGUUUUCCACCCUCCUCGUGGUGCUGGUGGCCUUAAUGAUCGUGACAUCAGAGGCUGGGAAAAACAAGAAAGAGAAGAAUAAGGGAGGUAAGGGUGGUGCCGACUGUGCGGAGUGGCUCUAUGGCAGCUGCGUGGCCAAUAACGGCGACUGUGGCCAAGGCAUGAGGGAGGGAACCUGCAAUGAACAGACCAGGAAAGUCAAAUGCAGAGUGCCAUGCAACUGGAAGAAAGAAUUUGGAGCUGACUGCAAGUAUAAGUUUGGUAACUGGGGUGAAUGUGACGCAGCCACGAGCACAAAGAGCCGCACUGGCACUCUGCAGAAGGCUCUCUUCAACGUCGAAUGUCAGCAAACCGUCUCUGUGACCAAACCCUGCACCACCAAGGUCAAAAACAAACCCAAAGGAAAGAAAGGCAAGGGGAAAGGGAACUAAAGGGAGCGAGAGAUCCAGAGGAGCAGUAAACACCCCGUGAUCAUCCGCCAUCUAAACACGGCCUUUUAUAUCUCCACUCUGUGUUGUUCAGCACGAGCGGGACUCGCUCUACAGCCACAAACACAUAGCUUUAGAAGACUAUGACAGAGUAACAGCGGAGUGUUUGACACCUUACAUGACUCUUUCAUGCGCGAGGGCGAUCGGAGAAUAAAAUGCCGUUGUUUAUCGUGUAGUUCAGCCACUCCUCUGCUGUUUCCCCCUCUCUCUCUUUCUCUCUACCAUCUAUCAGCUGUUCACACCUCAGGCCUCUCAUUUGCUAAAGGACAACAAUCAGUAGAACUCAAUCAAACACAUCUAUUUUAUUACUGUUUUACUUACAACAUUUGGUUUUGUAAGAUUUUGUAAUUUACAGGAUUAUAUUACUAGCGGGGUAUAAAAGUAGCAAUUGGAAAGUCACCCAUUUCUUUUUUUGUAUUCUAAACUAUAAAACUAAGGAGUGUUGUUUGAAAUAAAUGAUUUCUCUUUUUCUAUAAAAGUUGUAGUGUAUGUAAAAGUGAAAAUACCCCCUUUUUUCUUUGCUUUCAUAUUGACUGUUACUAACAGAUCUAAGGGUGAAAGAGGGUUGUUGAAAUGCAUGGAGAGGUGACCGUCCCCUCUUGCGCAAACAUUUUUUAUAAGCAUUUAAGAAAAAAAAAAACCCUGAAGUUUUGUUACUGAGCUUUGUGUGUUUUAUGUAGUGUUAACAAAAGGUACAUGAGUGAUGAAAGUUCAUUAUUAAAGACACUUGAGCCCUCUGAAUCUCUCGUUAUGCAGACCGCAUAUGUUUCUUCAUGAAUAUGCAAAGAAUAAUCAUUCCUCUGUAUUCCGGGUCAGUGCGCAUGAGAUCUUUAUUAAGCUUUAUGCAAUAGAAAAAGAACCACACACACACACUUAUGUACACUGGCUCUUUAAGGGCAGUGGUAGACAAGUCCAUUAAUACAGUGUGUUCAUUCCAUCAGGGUAAUAAUCGUUGACUUUGCCCUUCAGCUGGUACAGUUAUAUGAGAGCUUCUCCAUCUAACCCUUAACAAAUGACAUUUUAUAAACAUUCGAAUAGAAAUUUAAGAGACUGGGGCCUAUUUAUAAAAUGUGUGUACACAGAGAUUCUUAGAGUGUACAUGCAGCGAAAUCCUUCACGACGUUAGGAUUUAUUAAAAAGAAUGUGACUUCUUUUUACUUGAACAUUAGUGGUUCUCAGUGUGUUUCUGUUGGUUAGCAAAGAAAGUUUUCUGUACGUAAUUAGAUUACUUAAUUGUUCCCUCUAGGUUAGGAAAACAUUCACAGAAUAUUCUUUAAGUUGUUAUAAUAACACUGCCCUGUAACAUUCUG